AUGGCAGAGAAUGAAGACCCUACCUUUUGGCCGUUGGAGGAAGAGGAACAGUCCAGUAGCAGCAGCGGCAGCAACAGCAACGGCGGCGGCGACAAACACGUCGAGCCUCAGUCUGAUGUUCCAGCCCCUGAGACCGGCGGCAAGCGCAAGAGAAGGUCGGUCUACUAUGGUGUCCCACCCUUGCCGAAGACCAAGAAAAGAAGGAGGAACAAGGCAAGUGUGCGCCUCGAUGCUGCCACAAAAGCCAGCCAUAGAGCCAUCUCCGAAGAAGAUGAUCCUGCCGACCUUCCCUUGCCAGAAUACCCAGCCCAGGCUUCCGAAGCAGACAGGAUGCUGUACACAAUGGCCGGAAGGGUGAUCAGGGAUUGGUCUGUGAUAGAGAGCAGGUGGCAGGAGAUCACUGGUCAGCCUGGUGUCAAUCUGGUUGGGCGUUUCCUUGCCAUGAUUAGAAACUACGCCGCACAGGGCGUGCUUGAUCUGACAGAGGAGGUCCUCGACACAUACCGUGACGGCCAGCAGCUGAUGGAGCUCAGUGCAACGGCUAAGAAGCAUAGCUUGAUCGCCCGUCUCAAGCAGCAGGUGGAGGAGGAGCGCGAGGACACUGUCUGGCGGGAAGUCUCUCGUCGAUACCAGCUCGCGACCGGCGAUGGUGUCUCUGCAGCAAAUUUGCGUGCUUUCUGGAACGCAGUCGAGGGCAAUGAGCAUUUGGAAGAGCGGUCGCGAGCCCCUGGCCCAGAAGAGCAGGCCGUGCAGGAAACCAGUCAGGCAGGGCAGGCGGACCUGACCGAGGCGGAGUUCGAUCGACUGCUUGCUCGGGCGCAGGAGAGAGAGAAACUGAAGCAGAAAGAAGAAGAUCAGGCUAGCUCAGGGCCGCUUGUUCCGUACGCAAGCGACAGCGACUAG